UCUUUAAUUUCCUGCAAUAAAACAAUUCACAGACCCAAAAAUAGUUAUACCAGUGUGGAAUUCAAAUCAGCAAUAUUGUAAACUGUCCUGCCAUUGUGAUAUUUUGUUGCUUUAUUGAUUUCAUAUUUUGAAAUCACAACUUUGACCUUCAGUUAAGCAGUAAUGGGCAAAGGUAGGGGAAAAGGAAAACACGGUGUGGGAGUAGACAGCAUGCCCACCCCACCAGACGGAGGUUGGGGCUGGUUCGUGGUACUGGGGUCGUUCCUGCUUCAUGUGGUGGCUGAUGGAAUCGUCUACUCUUUUGGAGUAUUCUACAUGGAGUUCUUGACUUACUUCAAGGGAGGAAAAGGAGAGACUGCGUGGGUGGGGUCUCUUGUCCCAGGUGUCACUUUCCUCGUUGGACCAGUAACGAGUGCCUUGACCAACAGAUAUGGUUGCCGCUCAGUGACGAUAGUGGGAGCCAUCAUUGCAGCAGUUGGUUUCAUCCUUAGUCUGUUUGCACCCAACAUUUACUAUCUCUUCUUUAGUUUUGGCAUUCUUUCAGGCCUAGGGUUUGGAUUAAUGUACCUUUCUGCCAUAGUGAGUGUCAGUCAUUAUUUUGAGUCAAAGCGGUCCUUUGCAACUGGAAUUGCCGUCUGUGGAUCAGGCAUUGGGACUUUUAUUUUUGCACCAGUCUCCAACCUAUUGGUGGAUGAGUACACAUGGAGAGGAGCUGUACUCAUAGAGGCUGGAAUCAUUCUGAAUUGUAUUCUGUUUGGGGUCUUGUUUAGACCUUUGGUUGUAAAACAUGAAAAUGCAGAUAGAGAAUAUGAUGAAGAAAAGGGCAAACAAGAGGAGAAAGAAAAACUCAUGAAAAAACCCGCAGAAUCUAACGGUGUUCAAUAUACAGAUCAGCAGGGGGAUCUCCCAGACAUUCAAAAAACUGGGACAAAAGACACCCUGGCCAUUCCUAAUAAACAUUUACAGAAUCUGAUACUCCAGAAUGACACUAAUCAACUGUUUAGAAGUGAAGGAGCCAUAAACAACAUUGCGUCCAAAACGUUAUCUGCCUCUCCAUCAAAACAGUCUUUCAAUCGUCAGACAUCUACGCAAUCUCAUCUGACUCCAUCUUCUGGUCCAAUGUACAGAGAGGACAUCUUUUAUAGUGGUAGUCUCAUCAAUAUCCCCCAGUAUCGGUCAAACCCCAACCUGUUUAUCACCAGUAUAACCUCACUCCCGGAUGUGAUCCCUGAUGACCAGGACCAGGACUGGUGUCUGUUCCGGUGCCUUGGGCUCUCUCCAGAAAUGAGGGAUGCCAUCAGACAAAUGAUGGACUUUUCUCUUCUUAAAGAUGUCAUUUUCUUACUCUUCACCAUUUCCAACAUUUGCACCAGUAUUGGUUUUAACAUGCCAUACAUAUACCUCCCAGAUCGAGCUCAUGAGGUGGGAAUUAACAAGACAGAUGCCACAUUCCUUGUGUCUGUUAUAGGGAUUGCAAACACUAUUGGUCGAGUGGUGUUUGGAUGGAUGGCGGACAAGCCCUGGGUGAAUCGACUGAUGCUGUACAACACUUCAUUGUUUAUAUGUGGGAACGCGACAGCCCUCUCUCCACUCAAUGACAGUUAUCCCUUCCUGAUUGGUUACGCUGCAGUCUUUGGUGCAUUUAUAGGUGUAUAUGUGGGUUUGACCUCUGUGGUUCUUGUGGACCUGUUGGGACUUUCCAAGCUGACCAAUGCAUUUGGACUACUGCUGAUGUUUAAAGGCCUUGCAACAUUCAUUGGGCCUCCAAUUGCUGGUUGGCUAUAUGAUGGAACAGGAAGUUACAACAUUCCUUUCCAUGUAGCGGGUACAAUGGUGGCCAUCGGUGGUGCCAUGCUCUAUGCCAUUCCGUUUGUCCAGAAAUGUCUUGGUCGCAAACCACCCACUGAUGAAAUAGAAUUAUCUGCUCCUCGGGAAGAAGAGAUGAAACCUCUGUCAGCUUGAACAAAUUAUCACCUUAUAAAGUUUGAAAAAUCUUUACAAAGUGCAGAUAUUGGUUUCCAGAGGGCAGACAUUGAAGACAGUAUUAUAUAUAUAUAUAUAUAUAUAUAUAUAUAUAUAUAUAUACCGACCAUAUCGUGUCAUUUUUGUAUUGAUUAAGCAGGGACUUGAUAAAGUGGAAUAGAAGAAAUUACAUGCAACCGUCAUAUUUUUCUGCACUAAAACCAAAAUGUAUGCAUGUAUGAUCUAGUUCCGUGCUAGGUACAGAUUUUGAUACCUUAUAUGAAGAUAUUGUAGGAUUUAUAACGGGGAAUUAAUCAUGCUUAGCUUCACUAAUGAUAUAUUUUUAUAAAUGUGAAUGCCAUAUAUAUUUUAUAUUAGAUUAUGAUUUUAUUCUUUGAUUUAUUCACAUAAAUACAAUUGCAUUUGAAAAGCAAUAGAGCACCUUUGUUACUGUCAUUAUGAUGGUCAAUUCAGUGUGCCUUAUAUACAAUCACUAUGUGUGUAUUUAUGGCAAUAACAAGGUGUAUGUGUAGGUGGUGAUUGAAAUGAUGAAAUUUUACGGUCAUCUCACCAAAAUACAAAGCUCAUUAUACCCCCCUCUCUCUCUCUCUUUGAUCCGCUCUCUCAGCAUCACUACUCUUGACUUACACAUUAUUUGGAACAUCUGAGUUCUUAGUAGCUAUACCUACAUGUAUAUUUAGACCAUAAGCACUUUAUGUGCCCAUCUGUUCCCACUCCUAAUAAAGCAUAAGAUAGUGCCCCUUUGAUAGUGACGAGCGUGUCAUGUGUCUAUGGCAGGGAACAAUUACAUGUAGGCGCAUAAAUAAUUUAUAUUAAAAAGUGCAUUAUCACUUAAUUCUCUAGCCUUGGGUGUCACUGAUUGUGACAAAAUUUCCAAUUGUUUUCUAUCAUACACUGUACACUUCAGGACCAGUUCACUCUUCUAAUGUAUAAUGUCACAGUAAUCUGAGUUAAUUCAGAUAAUGGUGGGCUAACUCACUAGAUCUAUACCCAUUCAUACUUAGAUAACUUAACCAAUUUUUGUAGUUGGUAAGUUAAUCUGUUACGGGUGUGAAGUUGGUUAGAUUAAUUUAGUUCAUUGUCGUGUGAAUACGAAAUCAGUUCAAUUAACCAGGAUCAUGUGUAGUUUUAUCACAAAGUGAGAUUUUUAUUUGAUUUAAUUGUUACUAUAAAGAAUAUCACAACUAAAUUUUGACUAAAAUUAUUUAGUUGUUAGUUUUGAAAACUUUACACUGGUAGAAUAACUUACACACUAAAUUUUUUAUAUUGUGUGAAUGUGAUAUGGAUUUGAUAGGGUGUGUUUUUAAAGUUAUACUGCAUUUCAGCAAUGUUAACUUAACCCAGUGUGGUCCUGAAUAUUGUACACCAGGCGAUGUCAGUGAGUUUGGAGAGAGUGUAUUCAUAAGCAUUUUUCACAGACCAGACAUGUAUGGAUGUUAUGCAAGCUAGAUCCAUUUUUGGUAACAGAAAGGUGGGGGUGGGGGAAAUCAUGUGGAUCGAAAUCCAUGUUGAAUACAAAAAGUGCUAUUUCAUUUGUUUUUAUUUUACCUACAUGUAUGUUGCAUUAGACUUUAUUUGAAUACAUUCUGUACAUGUAAUUUU